AAACCAUAUAAAAUCUCGUAUGUCUGUAUUUGUGCAUCGGCCAGUCGGCCAUAUCACUCAUUCAUUUACGAUUUGAUUUUAUUAAAGUGUGUUACAAGUUAAGAAAGGAGCAAAAUCCCACGAAUCCUCGAUAAAAAUUUAAAACAACCAGAUUACAAGUGUUAUCAAUAAAUGGAAAGGAGGAGAGAGAACUACAAAAAAAAUUAUCAUCAAUAGAGAGAGAGAGAAUAACUAAAUAAAAACAAGUUUUAUGGACAAGUAUUGAGUACUUGUGUGUAAACACCGCGUAUUUAUUAAAUUCAAAUUCAUUAUCAGUGCAUGAACACUAAAAAUACAAACAAAUUUCAAACAAAACUAGUAGAAGUGAACAAUUUUAUCACAGAAAAUAAAUAGUUCGAUUGAACGAAGGAAAGGACGAAAAUAUUAUUUUAUUGUGUACCUAGUUUUCCUUAGAAAAAAGGAUUGCGAGAAAAAUUCAUAAAAGAACACAGAAAGGAAAAGAGAACAUUUAUUUUUGAAGUUAUUAUCGAUCAUAUUGCUGCAGUAAAGUGUGAUAAAACUUUUAGUAAAAUGAUGACAGAGAACAUAAGUAAUAACCACAACAAUCAUCCUGUCACAAGAGGUGAAGGAAAAAUCGCAGAAGACUCAUCGGGCUGGAAAUCCAAAUUAAAAGUUCCUGAGAAAGACAAUCGGAUAAAAACAAGUGAUGUAACUGAUACCCGUGGAAAUGAAUUCGAAGAAUUCUGUUUAAAACGAGGAUUGCUGAUGGGCAUUUUUCAAAAAGGCUGGGAGAAACCAUCACCGAUUCAAGAAGCAGCCAUUCCGAUCGCACUUGGCGGAAAAGAUAUUUUAGCUCGUGCCAAAAAUGGUACUGGAAAGACGGGAGCGUACUGCAUUCCGGUGCUGGAACAAAUUGAUGUGGAUGCGGAUUAUAUCCAAGCCUUGGUGAUUGUACCGACAAGAGAAUUGGCUUUGCAAACGUCACAGAUUUGCAUUGAAUUGGCGCAACAUUUGGGUAUUAGAGUGAUGGUGACCACUGGUGGUACCGUUCUUAAGGAUGACAUUAUGAGAAUUUACCAGAAAGUUCAACUGAUUAUUGCAACGCCUGGUCGUAUACUGGAUCUCAUGGACAAGGAGGUGGCGAAUAUGUCGCAAUGCAAGAUUCUUGUGCUUGACGAAGCCGACAAACUCCUCUCGCAGGAUUUUCGAGGUAUGCUCGAUCAUGUGAUUAUGAAACUGCCAAAGGAGCGCCAGAUUUUGUUGUUUUCCGCAACAUUUCCGCUCAGCGUGAAGAAUUUUAUGGAACGACACCUCAAGGAGCCAUACGAAAUUAAUUUGAUGGAAGAGCUGACGCUUAAAGGCGUUACGCAAUACUACGCUUUCGUCCAGGAACGACAGAAGGUGCACUGUCUGAACACAUUGUUCUCGAAGCUGCGUAUCAAUCAGUCGAUCAUCUUCUGCAAUUCAACGCAGCGUGUGGAAUUGCUGGCGAAGAAAAUUACCGACCUAGGGUACUGUUGUUACUACAUUCAUGCCAGGAUGGCCCAAGCGCACAGAAAUCGUGUGUUCCAUGAUUUUCGGCAGGGACUCUGCAGGAAUCUCGUCUGCUCCGAUUUGUUUACGCGUGGUAUCGAUGUACAGGCUGUGAACGUUGUCAUUAAUUUUGAUUUUCCAAAAAUGGCAGAAACGUAUUUGCAUCGAAUCGGCCGUUCGGGACGCUUUGGUCAUUUGGGUAUUGCCAUCAACUUGAUCACCUAUGAGGACCGUUUCGAUUUGCAUCGCAUCGAAAAAGAGUUGGGCACGGAAAUCAAGCCGAUACCCAAGAACAUUGAUCCAGCAUUGUAUGUCGCCACAAUGGCGAACGAUUCCAAUUCCAGUAACGAAGAUAACAACAUUAGCAAGUAAGAGAACAAUCCAUUUUUUUCAAAAAGAACGAAUUACACAAACAUAAUGAGAGUCCAUCAAACGAAAUAAUCUGAGAUGCAACAAAUUAACGAAAUUUUUUUAAAGAACUUUUUUUCGGUGUUUAUUGAAAGGAAAAAAAAACUUUUGAAAUUACUUGAUGUGUGUAAUUAUGUAGAUAAGGCGAGAACUUCCCACAUACGAAAAUCUUUCACCAUUUUUUUUUCUACUUUCAUUUCAUUUCUUUUUCUACAUUUAAAUUAUUUUCGGUUGUAUUUUGUAUAACGAAAACAUUAUUUGUACUUGUUGGGUUAUAGUUCAUUUACGAUAAAGUAAACAAAAAGAAAAAUUUGAAUUUGGUUAGCGUUUAUCCAUUAUGUCAUUAUGUAAAAACACAACAAAACAAAACGAUUUUCCAUUGUUCCCAAUUCAAUUUAAACAAAAAAUUUUAUUCUACAUAAUUAAAAGAUUGAGCACGAA